UUCCAUGAACGCGCGACUAUAUGGAUAUAUAAACAAUUAGAUUCUAUACCUUGUGUGUGUUUUUGUAUAGGUAAUAUCUUUAGUCACUCGAACUCCUUAAGGAGUUACAAAAAAAUCUACUUAAUAUCGUAUUGUGCAAUGUCAGACAUAGGAAAACAGAACUAUCGAUAACUUGAAUCGUUCUAUUCUAGAAAAUUAUGAAACUUUAUUUGUUGGAAUAAGUCAUAAUCAAGCAAGAUUACAUCAUGUCGGCGCUAGGAAUGCCUCCUCACCUAUUGGUGCUAUUUCAAGCAAGGCCGCCACUGGAAUACAUACCUCCCAUCGAAAAUGGAAUGAAAAAGAAAUUCAACGGUAUCGCAGAUUAUGUUGGUUACUUCUCAAAGGAACAAGUCCCACCUGAUCCACCAUUCGAGACACCUCAUCAAAGAGCUGAUAAAAAGAAAAGAGAACGAAUCAUAGAGCAUCACAAGAAACAAAAAGCAGAAAGAGAUGCGUAUGAUCCGAAAUAUGACCCUGCAUUAGCAAGAGGUGCUACGAACCCUUGGUUAACCCAUGACCCGUAUAAGACACUAUUCGUCUCCAACAUACCAUAUGAAGUCACGGAAAAACAAUUAUGGAAGGAAUUUGAUGUGUAUGGACGAGUUCGUAGAAUUCGUAUGAUAAACGAUCGCAAAAACAUACCAAGAGGAUAUGCAUUCAUAGAGUAUAAUGACGAGAGAGAUAUGGUAAACGCUUAUAAGAGAGCUGAUGGACGUAAAGUCUCCGGACGUAGAGUGUUGGUAGAUGUAGAACGCGCACGAACUGUUGCGGGAUGGUACCCUAAACGUUUAGGUGGUGGGAAGGGUAGGUCAAGAACCAAGCCACCAAAGUUCUAUGACGAGAAGCCAUUAAUCUUAGAAGAGCAUCUGCCACCAGAUAAUGUAACAUCUAGAAGUCCUUCGCUAGAAGAAGUAGAAGAAGGCGCAGUCCUCGAGGACACGAAGCAGUAACAUUAGACGCGUCUAAUAUGUACUUAAAUGA